GAGAGACUUUCAGAGGUAUUCCACUAGAGAUAGUGGCAGCCAAGUGCCUGGAACCGUGAGGGUGAUAAGCAGCAAGGCCUUUUACGAGUGUCGUCUCCUGUGUCUGUCUGUGUUGCCACCCUGCUACACAUCAGGUGGCUUGUUUUAAAGCAAGAUACGGUGCCCCUUUAGCCAGAUGACAGCUCUCAGAGGACUCAACAUGCCUUUUUCCCGAGCAGCGCAGCGGGGUUCUAGGGUGAAGAAACCCCAUUAACACGGAUCUCUGACAUUAUUACAGUAGCAGCAGGGUUGUAACUGGGUUUGUUUUGUUUGUAGGUUUUUUCAUCUCUGUGGUGGUCAUUGUUUCAUUAAAAAUUAAAUCUCAUUUUUAUUGUCAAUUUAACAAAGUAAAAAAAGUGCCUUAAGGAGCAGGUUGUAUCUAAGAACUGCUAAAGUCUCAUUAAGGGAACUUCUUAAGCCUAAUUUAAAUGAAGUAAUAACCACAAAAUAAACACAAUUUUCAGGUGUUUUUCUAAUAUUGUUUUAAUGUGCACCAAGAUCCCCAGUGUUAAAGAAUUUAUUAUUUAAUUAGCUGUUUUCUCUCUCUCGCCUUCCCUCCACUGUUAUAUGCACCGAUGGAGUUUGAUCGUAGUAGCUGACUAUCAUGGUGUCUUCACUCAGCUUAUCUCAGCGGGGGGUCGCCGUGCACAUCACUAACACUAACACACAUGCCUUUCACUUUGUGUGUGAGUGAGACUUCCUGCUUGUGGCUAGCCCUUGUGUGGGCAUGUGUCUAUAAACGUGAGGCGUUCGUUAAGUACGCGCACUUCCUGAUGGAGUCAUGUAGAGUCCAGCUUGAAUUACUCCAGCGACAGAGACAUCCAGGUUCUCCCAGCAGCACUCGCCACAGGAGGAGGUUGAGUCAUGAAUAAACUACGACAGAGCUUCCGCCGUAAGAAAGACGUGUACGUGCCUGAGUCAAGCCGCCCGCACCAGUGGCAGACGGAUGAGGAGGCUGUGCGCAGCGGCAAAUGCAGCUUCGCUGUCAAGUAUCUGGGCCAUGUGGAGGUGGAGGAGUCUCGGGGCAUGCACAUCUGUGAAGACGCUGUGAAGAGACUGAAGACGUUCCAGGACAGGAAAUUCUUCAAGGGCUUCUUUACCAAAGCAGGGAAAAAAGCUGUCAGAGCUGUAUUGUGGGUAUCUGCUGAUGGCCUGAGGGUCGUAGAUGACAAAACAAAGGAUCUGAUUCUGGACCAGACGAUAGAGAAGGUGUCUUUCUGCGCUCCCGACCGCAACUUUGAGCGAGCGUUCUCCUACAUCUGCAGGGAUGGCACCACGCGUCGCUGGAUUUGCCAUUGCUUCAUGGCCGUCAAAGACUCUGGUGAGCGUUUGAGUCACGCGGUGGGCUGUGCAUUCGCUGCGUGCCUGGAGCGGAAACAGAAGAGGGAGAAGGAGUGUGGGGUCACGGCCACGUUCGAUGCCAACCGCACCACGUUCACACGUGAAGGCUCCUUCCGCGUUACUACGGCAACGGAGCAGGCUGAGCGAGAGGAGGUCAUGCGGCAGUUGCAGGAUGCUAAGAGAGAGUCCGACUGUGCCCUGCCCGCCACAGGCGGCCCUGCAACCAACCCCAUGAUGGCCUCCUCCUCCCCCUCCUCGUCACCCCCGCUGCCCACCCACGAUGCCAACCCCCAUGCCAUCCCGCGCCGCCAUGCCACCGUGGAGGCGCUGGCGCGCCAGGGCUCCUUCCGCGGCUUCCCGGCCCUCAGCCAGAAGACGUCGCCCUUUAAGAGGCACAUGUCCCUGCGCAUGAAUGAGCUGCCCUCCACCGUGCAGCGCAAGUCCGACUUCCCUGCCAGAAUCGCAGUACCAGAGACAGAAGGUGAAGGGGACAGCAUCAGCUCCCUGUGCACCCAGAUCACAUCAGCCUUCAGCGGCCCACCAGAGGAUCCGUUCUCCUCAGCACCCAUGAGCAAACCCACCUCCUCACCCCAGUCUCCCACCGCCCCAGUGAACGGUUCAGCUCCUGCCUUCUCCGUCCCUGCUGUCCCUGUUGCUGUGAACGCCCUGCCCCCACCCCUACCCCCACCCCUGCCAGCCAGAGACACCAACCCCUGGGCCAAGCCCCCUGCUGGCCCUGCGCCAGCUCAUCCAGGGGGCGACUGGCCCAGCCCUGCAUCUGCAGCAGUGGCCCCUCCUUCAGCGAUGGUGCCCGAGGCGGUUGCUGUGGCUUCUCACAAACGCACGCCGUCGGAGGCAGACCGCUGGCUGGAGGAGGUGUCCAAGUCUGUACGUGCCUCCCAGCCUGCAGCCGCGGGCACGACCCCGCCUGUGCAGAGGCCCUUCCCCACACCCAUGCCUGCUGCUCCUGGAGCUUUUCUGCCGCCGAUGCCCUCUGCCCUGCCCGCCAUGCCCCCACACCAGCCUGUGUUCCACGCCCAGGCCCCAGCCUCUUACCCGAUGUCCAACGGACUCCCCUACGCGCAACCGAGCGUCCCCGUCGUAGGCAUCACGCCUUCUCAGAUGGUGGCAAACGUCUUCGGCUCGGCCACCCAGAGCCAGCCGGUGCCCGUGCCCGCGCCCGUCCCCCAAAUGCAACUGCACCCGUCGCCGUUCUCCACUCCGCCGCUGACCCAGCUGGACACGCUUGCCGUGGGUAGUCCCUUCGGAAAACCUCCCCUGCCCCCUCCGCCGAUCGCCCUGGCAUCCCAGCCGGCCAACGGUAGCGUCACGUUCAACGGCGCCGACAGCUGGGCAGCCCCCUCCUCGCCAGCGCCCCCUCUGGUAGCACAGCAGCAGACCGACGCCUUCGAGGCCCAGUGGGCCGCCCUGGAGAGCCGCUCACGGCAACGCACGACGCCCUCCCCCACAAACCCCUUUUCCAGCGAGCUCCACAAGACCUUUGAGAUCCAACUGUAAAAAAACAAACAAACAAACAAACAAAAAAAAAAACCCAACCCGUUAAAAAAACCAAACCGUACUUUGGUGUGGGUGGCAGUCAGAACCUGGCAUGGACAAGCGAAGGACGGGAUGACCGCAGCGUGGUGGACAGGGAGACAACCUUUGACACCCAGACCACUUUAGCUCCAUGUCUCCACGUCCUGCUCUGUCCUUGCUGUCUGUCAGUCUGUAUAGUGCUUCAGGUGUGAGCAAAGCAGACAGGUGUGGAGAAUGAGGGGGAGGGGCUUCAGCGGCGAUGAUGCUCACCUACCAUAUCCGUUCUGUCGCUGGUGUAGUUGUGCCAAUCCUGAACAUGAUAUUAACUUAAGGGCAGACUUUGCACCCCCCCCCCCCCCCCCCCCAAAAAAAAAGCCUGACUUUUGCUAACCUGCCCCUCUUACCCCCACCAUUCAGCUCACGACGCCCCCUAUUGACGGAGAUGAAUGACUACUUCUCCCUUCACAAGAGGCAUAGACAGUAGUACUAAGCUUCCAGAUUUAAGAGGUUUUCUUAAAACGUCCUAGUCAAAAGAGGAAGAAGAAUGAGAAUGCCAGAAUCUUUAUUUUUAUGCAUUAAGUAUAUUUUAAAUAGCUUUGGAAUAUGACAGAACAGUUGUAAAGGUGCAAGCUAACUACAAUGGAAAUGAUUUUGUGUGUAUACAGGAAAUGAGCGUAUAUUAUAUAGAUAUAUCUAUAAAAAUUUAUAUAUAUAUAUAUUAUACACAUUCAGCUCAAUUCAAAACUUGUAUGUAUUGUAUAAAGAGAGAUUGAGCGAAGGGAUGGCUAUUUUAAUUUUGUAUUAUAAUUUUUUUUUGUUUUUUAACCCUGUCUUAUUGCAAUGUAUUGCAUCCCAUUUUGGAUGUGCGUUUCCCUUGUAAAUAGUGAACCAUUGCAGCUACAAUCAUUGUGGACGCACUGAUGGGUUGGGAGAUCUACCAGUGCUGUUUUCUCUCGUGUUUUUGACUUUUUUUUUUUUUUUUUUUUUUUUACUUUGCCUUGAUUUUCUUCCACUGCCUGUAUGUCGUUGAAUGUUUAGAGGUUUUUUGGGGGGGGAUUUUAAAAACGUGUUUUAAUACUAUUGACAAUGUCAUCUUCAGCCACUUGUUUUUGUUGUGUUUUUCAUGAUGAGAUGUGUCCAUAUUACACAAGCACUAUUCUAGCUGGUGUGGCUCCGUCUGCUGUGCUGGGUGAGCCACGCUGGCAGCAGAUGGCUGCCGUUUAGUCGAGGUCUUCCUGAAAUGACCUGUGGUUUUCAAUACAAUUGAAACGGGUUACAGCGAGAGGAAUCGGAGACGUUAAUGCAGUGUCAUCUUCUUGUUUUAUUAAAUCUGUGAAGACAAUUGGUUGUUUUUAGUUUCUUUUUUUUUCUCCAUUUUGUAAGUAUUUCAUUGUUUUAUUCCACUUUACAGAAAAAUUAGGUCUAUAUAAUUGAAUAAAAAUUAUGGUGGUAGAGGA